AUGGCGUGCAGAGAUAAUGAAGCAGACCAAAUUAAAGAAAUAGUGGAGCGUGUUGAAAAAGAGUUGUGCAAGCAGUGUCCAAGUGAAGAUAAUGGAGAAGACUUGAUUGGAAAUGAAGAGAGAAUGAAAGACGUCGAAUCGUUGUUGGACAAGGGGUCCAACGACGUCCGAAUUAUUUGUAUUUGGGGGAUGGGUAGUUUGGGCAAAACAACUCUUACAAGAGCAUUGUAUAACAAGCGGCAUUCUGAAUACGAAGGGUUUGUCUUUGGGGAAAAAGUGGGAGAAAAAUCAAAGAAUCGUGGAGCAGAGGGUGUGAAGAAAGAACUUAUUUCGGCAUUAUUAGGGGAUAAAAAUCCUCACACUAGCUCUUAUGACAUGACGAGACUUAGACGGAAAGAAGUUUUCAUUGUUUUUGAUGAUGUUGAUAAUUAUGACCAAGUGAACAAUUUGGGUUUAGCUUCUAAUGAGGCGUUUCAACUUUUCUCUUCACAUGCCUUUGGAAAAGACUGCCCUAUCCCUGACCCAGCUCUAGAAAGGUUGGCAAAGAAAGUGACUAGUGAAAUUUUCCCUUUGUUAAAAGCCCGACGUGGUUAUUCAAUCUAUUCUGAGUUGAAAAGACUUAGAGAGACGGCUCUUUUAGAAGUUGAUGAAUUUGGGAGAAUAUCAAUGCACGAUCUACUGAGAGAAAUGGGUCGACAGGUUGUUCGUGAUGAGUCACCAAAGCAUCUUAGAAAGCGCAGUCGAUUGUGGGAUCCUAAGGAAAUAUAUGAAAUAUUGAGGGGAAAAGCGAGAAGUAGAGCCAUUGAAGGUGUGAGACUGAACCUUCGAGAAGUUAGAGAGAUGCGCUUAAGUCCUGGAGCCUUUCGCUCAAUGCCCAACCUAAAGAUUCUUAAUUUUUAUUUUUUCCUCAAUUGCGAUGGGGUUGAAAUCGAUGUAGAAAUUCCUGAUGGUAUAGAUUUUUUGCCAGAAGGACUCAUAAAAUUGCGUUGGAUGGGAUACCCUUUAAAAUCCUUGCCAGCAUCAUUCAAGGCCGAAAAUCUUGUUCAAUUUCAAAUGCCCUACAGCAGUUUAACAAGACUCUGGAAUGGGAUGCAGCCUUACAAGCGAUACCCAUCUCCGAUCUCUCACUCGGCUCUAUGCAUGUGGUUGCUCAAGUCUGGAGGGAUUUUCAGUGACCUCAGAAAAGGAAGAGUUCGAUUUAGACCUUUCAGGAACAGCCAUCAGUGGCAAGUUGUGCUCCUGCGUGACCUUCGACGUCUUGAAGCUGGAGGGUAUAAUGAGCUAGCAUCACGUCUCCUGUCCAAGUGUGAUAAGAUGCGUGCUUUGGGAGUUCUAUGGCUUCCGCAUUGCAAUGAAUUAUCUAAACUUCCUAAUGACAUCAGGUUGCUGUCAUCAUUACGUGAGUUAAAUCUCUCACGGACUCGUGUGAAGAAGGAAAAGAUAAGGCAUGUCUUUGUAUUCACAAAUUGCAAGAAGCUGAAUCGACGGGCAAUCAAAGCUGCCGAGGCAAGAGCGCUAGUUGAGAUAAAUAAAGCCAUUUAUGGCUUUGCUAGAUUGGAAUAUCCAAGGGUAAGACUUCCAAAGUGGUUCAAGUUUAAGAGUAAUGAAGAGGAUCCCAUGACUGUGAAUCUCAGUUCGAUUCCACGACCUUGGGAUGGGAGAUUCUUUUUUGGCGCCGUCGUUUCUGAAAAGGGGACAGACACUGAGGUCAGAUGGUUUGUUGAUGGUCAAUAUGCCUGCAGGGUUGAAGACAGCUCGUUUUUGGUGAUUAAGCAUACGUCGUCAGAUCAUGUUUGUGUUUGGUAUCGUCUAGAUUCAUUACGACAACUAAAAAGGAAGAUUGAAGAAAAGGAAAGAGAUGCUCAAAGUAGGAGUUAUCGUCCAUGUGUUGAUAUUAAAUUCAGACUCCGUAAGCUGUAUGGCAGAAUGAUAGCAGAAGCAAAGAUCAAAGAGUGUGGGCCUCCUUAUGUUUGCAGUGGCAUACAUGCACUGGUUGUAUUAUCUUUCAACCAAUGCACGUCGAGUUUGUUUUCAAGCGACCAUCGUCUUCCUCCUCGUCAUCAGUCAGCCGCUGACUUCGCCAUCAACUACAAAUCUACAAUGGGGCUUGGUUGCCCCUUUCACAAAGAAGCUGUCUCAAGUUGGAUGAUCUGCCCACUUCUAUUGGAUCUUGAAGAAUUUCAACAGCUGGAUUGA